AUGCUAGCUUCCUCAUAUGAAGCGCCAUUCGCUUUAGUCGCAUUUUUAAUUUUAAUUUUGCUUGUCUUGGAAAUAACAUUGAAUCAAAGUGGUUCAAGAAUAACGGACGCACCAAAAAAUGAUGGGGAAUUUCAAGUUUUUCAAGAUGUAGAAGGGUUAGAAGGUCGUCGAAACAGUUUAGUUUACUCUUGCCCUGUGUCAUCACAAUCAUACGGUCAUGUUGUAUUCUUUCCUGGGGAUAUACAAGAUUUCGAGAAAAACAUGAAAAAGAACGAAUUCAGCGUUGAAUGGAUCAAUUGGAGUUAUGAAGAAAUGAUACGAAUACUCAAAAAAAAAUUUCCUAACAAUUGUUUAUGGAUUGUGCAACCUUCGAAGCGAGAUGGGGGAAUUUUCAGUCUUUACCCAAACUUUCUUCCGUUCGCUGUUGAUGAAGACGUUGGCUACGAUGUUCCGGUUAUGCCUUAUAACGCUUCAUAUGGUGGUUUCACCCAUUUCGUAAAACUCCUUUCUUCAGGGCAACGCCAAACAAUGAAAUUUCACAACACGACACUUAAUGGGCCAAUAAUUGUUGUGGGAUUUAGCAAGGGAUGCGUUGUUUUGAAUCAGUUUUUGCACGAAGUUGCAUAUAUGUCGAAAGAAAAUUCUGCAUUGUCAGAAGACGAAGAUUAUAAAUAUGUGAGAAAGUUUGUUGCACGAAUUUCUGAAUUGUAUUGGCUUGAUGGAGGCCAUCAUGCAACACGUGGCCAGUGGGUAGUAGAUAAUAAUGUCUUAGCAUAUUUAAAAGAUGGUAUAUGGAUGAAAAAUAUUAAAAUAUAUGUUCACGUUACAUUGUGGGGAAUCAAAGACCCGAAGCAACCUCAAAGCGAAAAAGAAUUAUAUCAGUUUGGAUCACAACUGAGAAAUCUGGAUGUAAACUAUAAUGAAACACGAUGGAACGUUUCGAGAACGCUAGAAAAUCACUUCAAAAUUUUGAACACAUUCUGA